GAACUUCUAAACUACCAGGUUUUACUUUUACCCCACGCUAACAGAUAGCACAGUGCUGGGAAAGCAGGCACAUUAGCUGCUGACUACAUCUUGCAGCCGAUCAUGGAUUAUGUGGAGCCCAUUCUGUCUGUUGCUUCACAGAUCUACACUCUGGUUGAGAACGUUAAGGCCAAUAAAAAGCGCUGCUGUCGUGUUGUGGAGCGAGUAAAGGCCUUGGAGAACUUGGUGAAGUCAAUCAAACAGAGGGACGCAGUGAAGCUCUCUGCUGAGGUGGAGAACUCCCUGCAGGGACUCUCAAUCACUCUCAGAUCAGCCCAGGAGCUCAUUGAGAAAUACACUCUGUCAAACUUGGUGAAGCGCAUCCUGAAGUCCAGCAGUCAUGGAGACGAAUUCAACAGUGUGAAUGAGCGGCUCAAUGAUGCCUUCCAAACCCUGGCAUUAGCUCUGCAGCUGGAGCAUGGAAAUCAGGUGUACAUGGUUUUUGAGCAGAUCUCCAGGCAGAAGGAAGAUGAAGCCGACAGCAGGGAAGAUGAUGCAGAAUUGAAAAGAAUGCUCAUGGAAUACGGUGAAUAUGUGGAAACUAUACAAAGGGAACUUGAAGACAUUAAAUCCAAUGUAGUAAAAAUUGUGGAGAUGUUAAAUAAACCCAGAAUCACAACUAUGGACAUCCGAAUGAUUAAACCAGAUGAACUGAAGAAUGUUGAGGAAAAGCCGUUCAUGACAACACCGACCUCUGAGGUCUACAAAGGAGAGUUUGGUGGCUUCACAGUGGCCAUCAAGAAAUACACAGGAGCCAGCCCAGGGACGGUAAAGUCUGUCUUCAAUAAGGAAGUUGACACAAUGAAACGCUUUGAGUCACCCAACAUCCUGCGAAUGUUUGGCAUCUGCAUCCAAGAAGAGAACACUUCAAACCCUGAAUUCCUCGUCAUCAUGGAGUAUUGUGAAAAGGGAAGCCUUCGAGAUGUUCUGAACUCCAAACAUGAGCUGUUAUGGGCCAGGAAAGCAUCCAUGUGUUUGGAUGCAGCACAGGGGCUUUAUCGACUCCAUCUAACUGAGGAAAUAAGUAAACUUCACAUGAGCAUCACAAGCAGCAAGUUCCUCGUGGAUGAGAACUACAGAGUGAAGCUGGGAGGGUUAGAACUGGCCAAGACAGAGACAUCGCUGAAAAGAACAACGAAGAGUAAAGAGAAGGACAAAACCCUCAGCUCACUGUGCUACUCGUCUCCCCAGCAGCUCAGCAACAUCAACCACCCAUACACCAAAGAGUGUGAGAUCUACAGUUUGGGAAUCGUUCUGUGGGAAAUUGCCACUCGUAAGAAGCCAUUUGAAGACUGCGGUGGCGAUGACAAAAUCAUUUCUAAAAAAGUGCUUGAGGAGAAAUAUCAAGAGCCGCUCCCUGCUGACUGUCCUGACUCCCUGGGGAAGAUGAUCAACGCCUGCAGGGCUUAUGAAAGCUCUCACAGGCCAUCUGCAGGCGUGUUGGUGGACAAACUGCGAAGUGUGCUGGUACAGUUCGAGAAACAGUGAAAGCCUUCAACACUGAUCACAACAUUUGCAAUUUUGUUCAUGUGAUGUGUCACAUUGAGCAUUGCACUAUUUCUUUAUGACUGUUUUUUUUAGUUUCCCUGUAGUUUUUAGUAGUUUUGUUUUUGUCUUGUAAUUCUAAGUCAAAUGUUUUAUUUCUUCCAUAGCCUCAACAUGAGCGCGUCAUUGUAACUAUGCAUCUGUCACUUUAAACAGUAGUUUAAGUUGACACAAUACUAAAGCUUUUAACACAUGCAAAGAAAAACAUUAUGAUACCACAGUAACCUUUCUUGAAGGUAUAGAGUUGCAUUAUGAUAUUUCUGUAUUGGCAGAUCAAAACUGAAAUUUGUUGCUCUUUACAGAUGUUUCAAGCAUUAUUCAAGUAGAACUAUUUCCACUGCUCUAUUUUGGCCACAACUGAGAAGCAGAAGUGCAGAACAUAUUAGAAAAAAAGUAUUUAAAAUGUGUUGCUUCCCUUGAUUUGCAAAACAGUAGAAGAGGCUAAACGUAGAAGGUGUUUAUGUCCUUUGUGGCAUUAUGUGCUGUACCUGAAUUCAGUUCUAAUUAAUUUUUUUUUUAACUGUAGUGCGUUCAUGUGUUCUUCCAUUUUUGUGUCAAAGUACUAAAUUGUCUCCCCAAUGAAAAAAUACAAGAUUCUUCUAUUCUGAGCAGACAUGUAAUUCAUUAAAACAUAUUUCAAAGUGUAGACAAGGAUCAAACGGCUGCUUCACAAAACCAGGAUAGUGGAUUAAGUUAGUAUUUUCCAGAUAUCUUGGCUUAAUUAAGCCUACAUACAAUUUCACAAAAGCUGCAACAAAUAAGUUACCAUGGUGAUUUAUCCUGUGCAGCAAGCCUGCUAGCUGACCUUUGUGACCUAUGUGACAAUCAUUUGAAGACUGGAGUUGUGUUCCAAUCUUCACUCCUGGUCUUCUUUGGGGUUUUAUUGGUAAAAUAGCAUGAUGAUAGGAUAGGUUAUGUGGUUUUUGACAUGGGCAAAAACCUGGGGUGGGAUAUUGUGGGGGGCAGCUUCCACCCCCAUAAACUGUUCCUUAAUACGCCCCCAUAUGUUUAGGGGAUUAGACAAAUGGGUAGUAAAGAAACAAAGGCAGUACAAUGAAGUCAAGCCAUGCAGGUAUUAUACUUUACUUACUUUACAGAUUCAUUUUAACUUAAAAUAACGAUCACAAUGUAAAUUGAUUUUAUUUUUGGCAUGCAAUUAAUAAAUGCCCAGUUUCAAUCACACAACAGUUAAAACAUAUUCUUAUUCACAUCAUAAACAUACGAUUAGUCUAUCAUUUUAUGAGCUCAGUUAUAGUUUAUAGGUCACCAGUCCAACACAGUGAAAAGCAUCUCAUUCUUUCUAAAGCAGAUUUCAAAUACAAACAGGUGGAAUUGAAAAGCAAAACUCUUUCAGCUUCAGGUAUCUUGCCUCUGGAUGCAUCUUACUGUACACGUGUUUACUGAGGAGAAAACUGACUUUUGUCUUGUUUGCCUUUUGUUACUUCGGCAUUAGAUUUGUUCUAAUUAUAAGCAGCUCGAAUGUUUUCACCUGGUUUAGAGCCACUGGUGGACUGAACAAAUUCUCUGGACAGGAAGACCUCAUUUCCUCCACAGACUUAAAUGAAUUAUAUGGCUGCAAGUUUCAACGCAUCUGCAUCAUUUAUUUUAGCAAUUACAUUUUCUCCAGGGAUGACAAUAUUCUUAUCCCUCAAGAAGUAGAGUCAAGGCAGCUGCAUAGACAUUGAAUUAUGAAUGACUAAUUAUUAUGCAGCUGUUUGGUCUCUGGUCUUUUCGGUCAAAGAUAAGAAUCUAGAACAAGUUUAGUUAUGGUUCAUAAAAGACAUUCAGUCUUUAUUUUUCAUGGUAGCUAUGUGACAAGAAAAAAUAUAUUUAAAAAAUUGAUCAUUUUGAAUUAAAAUAAAAAAACAUUCUUGCACUCUUAAGUCUUGAGUUUAAGCUGCAGAUAGAAGCUUUGGCAGGUGAUACGGUGAGCUUUACUCUGAAAGGAUGAGGUUGAUUUAUCAGCCAGUCUGUUGAUGUUACCUAGAGCUUCACAUUGAUGAUCAUGCCAGUGUUACUUUAUGUGAAUGCUCCAUUAAAGUACUUCAGUUAUUUCAGUGCAAAGCAUCCAUGAUUUAACAUCCACACUGUAUCACUGGUGAAAACUCAGUUUGGUAUUUUUGAAACGAGGUUCUGUGAAGUUGUUGUGGAAUAAACUCCAUCUACAGCAGGAAUGUCAAACUUAUUUUUGUUUUGGGACAAAUCAGUAUCAUGAAUGGUCUUAAAGGGCCGGUUGCGCCAGAAUGUAUUGAUAAAGCCUGUUCACCAUCUGUUAAAUUAUCAAUGAAUUCUUAAAACUAAAUAAAUAUUAUUGAACAUCU